GCGACGAUUACUAUAGAAACAAUCCCACAAGGAGCCAAUAUGGGAGCUAAAAUAUUGGCAUACGAACUGCAUACAUUUUAUAUAUUUUAGAAAACAAUAAAAAAAAAAUAAUAAGUAUCAAAAUUCCCCCCAAAAAAUGUCGGAACUAAAACAUUUGCCACGAGGUGUCGCCGGACGAUUUCAUUCUGAUUGGUGUAAUCGGUGAUGUUUUAAUCACGUGGUAGUUCCUGUUUCAGCCUAACAAAAGCGUCGGUUGCCAUGACAACUUUGGAAGAAGAUAGAAAUCGUUUCAAAUCUUCCACAUCCGAUUUAAAUCCAUUGAUCAUCGAUUUAGAGAAGGGAAAUAAAACGGAAAUCGUAGAAGAGAAGGAAGAACAACCAGAAGUCGAUAUUGUGAUCAAUAAUGUUGUCUGUAGCUUUAAUGUGCGAUGUCAUCUAAAUUUAAGGAGGAUUGCCCUCCAUGGAAAAAAUGUUAUAUAUAAGAAAGAAAAUGGAAUGUUAUCAAUGAAGUUGAGAAACCCUUACACUACUGCUUCCAUCUGGUCAUCAGGGAAAAUUUCUUGUACAGGUGCUACAAGUGAAGAGAUGUCGAAGGUUGCAGCAAGAAAAUAUGCUCGAGUGUUACAGAAAUUAGGUUUUCAAGUGCGUUUCACCAACUUUAGAGUCGUAAAUGUAUUAGGAACUUGUAUCAUGCCUUUUGGUAUUCACAUUGUUAAUUUUUCCCAGAAACAUAGAAAAUUUGCAAGUUAUGAACCAGAAUUGCAUCCAGGCGUUACUUAUAGAAUUAGUGAUUUAAAGGCUACCUUAAAAAUAUUUUCUACAGGAAGCAUCACAGUAACAGCACGCAAUGUGGCAAACGUACAGGCGGCGAUCGAGCACAUAUUUCCAUUAAUUUACGAACACAGGAAAGAACUGGACCCUAACAAUCUGGCGAAGAACGGAAGGUCAAAGCAUCUAGUGCAUCUAAAAAAAGAACAGUUUACCUUCUCGGAGGAAGACGACGACGAAGAGGAGGACGAAUUAGUCGAAUCCGAUCAAAGUUGGGAUUGAUUAGGACCAUUUUGUACAUGGAAUAUCUAUAAAAUUUAUAUACGUAGAUGACAAUUUCAUAUAUAUAUAUACACACAGUAAAUAUAUAUAUAUAUAAUUAUUAUUAUAUGAUUAUAAAAAUUUUUUUUAUUACCGGCUGGACUCAGCCUGAUUCUCAGGAUUAUUUACUGUCCAAAGUAGUUUAUGUAAAAAUCAAUCCACGUAAACCUUAAAGAAAUAGUAGACGAGGAGUUUUGUGCCCAUAUCAAAGCAUGCCCCAGUCUUUAGUUUCCAACCCAGCACUUGCAGAUUCUUAACAUUCAUUUAUAGAGAUUGUUACAAAAAUGGAUUCCUUGAGUGACUAAAUAUCAAACAUUCCUUUUUUUUUCCUUUAAAAAAAUAUGAGGACAGAAUUGUCGGAACAAAGUACAGGUCUUGGUUAAUUUAACUUCACCCACAAAUUCAUUAUUCCAUUAUGUUGUCUGCUCAUUGUACAUCAUUGUAUAUUAUUUACUCAUGAUGCAUUCGGUUAAUAAAUUUGGUCUGUCCAAUUUAUUGUUUAAAGAAUAAUAGUUUCUUUUAAUUGCUAGCCAACAUUACAACUUCCUUACGGAAAGACUACCUGCACACUUUUUGAUAUUAUACUGUUGAGACAAAUACAAAAACCAAUCUGCUCUGAUUUUUUCAUACAAAACAAACGACCAAAUAUAGCAAACUUAGCUAAUUAUGUUGCGAGAUUGUAUAUGAAGAGAGUGAGAAAGGGUUACGUGUGGAGUUUUCUGUGUGCUUGUAACACUUAUAUGGGGACCGGACUGUCUUACCAUUGUCUCAUCUUGCCUGCUAACCUGAAAAGAACUACAGAUAAACUCAUCCAUGAUUCUCUUUGCUUUUGGAGAGAAAAGAACAGAAUUUAUUCAGAUUACAGCAUUAUAUCCCUUUUGCACUGUAAUUUUCAAGCCAGUUGGUUUCAUUUGCAUUGCAUUCUUUAACUUAAAUCACCUUCAAUGAGGUCCACCACAAGUUCAGGAACAAGUAAAUAGUGUAUUAGACAAGUUAAACUUUCAUUAGGGAAAGUUGAUGCAUUGUUAUAUAAUAUGAUUUGGAUGCAAAAAGACAUCAAAGGUUGAUAAAGGAAAGAAAGAGAAAAUAAAAGUGCCCAAACAUUGUGUAGAUUUACAAGAAAUUUCUGGACGGAGUGAACUUUGCAGACAAGAAGGUAACUAUCAAAAUGGGCAGGAAAUCUAAAAUAAUUCGUUAUUUGACAAAACUUCAACCCAAAUUCAGAAACGAAGUCGAUCAGCUCGAGGAAAUCUGUCCUACUAGGACUUAUCGGAACCUUUUCAAACGAGAAGGAUACCUGUCACACCUCAAAAAUGGAGGAGAGAAGAUCGACAGUAAAAGAGCAACCACUUACCACACAACAUGCAUGAAAAAAUGCUGAAAACAAUGCAAAGGAACAUUGACAAUCAAAUGUCAUGCCAAGUCACACAAACAACAGACAAACUAUGCAUUCUUUUAAAAGUAGAUUUUCUAAUUCCCCAACCAAUUCAACUGCUGGUAUGCAUUCAUCUACGUGAUAUGUGCUUUUGUAUCAUUGACACAGAUUGGGAUUUAUUUGUCCAAUGGCUUAUUCAUUAAAAAAAACGUACAAUUACUGCAUAUAAGUUUUAAAACUACAGUGUAUAAAGUAUAUUUGACUCACUUUUGCAAAAAAAAAAUAUAUAUAUAUAUAUAUAGCCUAUAUAUUAAUUACAAUUCUGCUUCAAAGGAUUAAAAUGUAACGUAAUGUAUAACGAGCAAUUAAAAUUGCAGACCAGUAAGUGGGAACUAUAUACACAUUGAAUGAAUCUGUUUAUCGUUGUCGGAAUUAGCACGAACCAAAAAAGCAAUUUAAAAUACGUUUACGGUAAUUGAAAUUUUACUUGUCUGUAUCUACGGGUUCUAGUUUCUAGAAAAAUCUAGCAACGAGUUGCGUAACUUUACCGGCUGUUAAGAAA